AUCCAGUCCAGCUGCCGUGGUCAGGUGCUGGGUGGGGCUUCAAACGCGCAUGGUUGCAUACUUGAAGAAGCCGGCACGAUGAACGCAACGUCUUUGCCUUCCGCGAGCGCGCGAACCGUAAUAUUUUUUAUCUAUAUCUUCAUAUUCGUGUCGGUGGUGUGUUCUACUGAAGUGCAAGACAGUUAUCCGGCUAAUAAGAAUGAUGAACUGAUAAAAAAUGUUGAGUUAUACGAUGGAGUGUAUCUUCAGAUACCGGAACGAACCAACGACACACAGAAAUUAUUCAGCAUUGAAAUGGACACCGGGAGCGGGAGCGCUGUUGUGGAAGGUCGCAAGAAGCAGAAGAAAUUAAUGGAGCGAAUUCUACCGUUAUUCAUCAUGCCGUUUCUGAUCCAAUCGGCCAUAGUUCCAAUGUUUCUCAGCAUGCUAAAGUUCAUGCUGUUCAAGGCCAUGAUGAUCGGAAAGCUGGCCUUAGGCUUCGUUAUCCUGAACGCCUUCAGGAACCACAACGUGCCAAAGGGCAGGGACUCUGAAAUGGCAGAAGUUGUUUACGGCUACCAGGGAAACGAUAUAUAUGAAUAUGGUGCCUACAUGCCCCAUUAGCAUCAAUCGCAACUUAAUUUAUUUGAAUUGAAACCUCAUUUACUUAUUAAUUAAGUUUACUUAGCUGAAAUUGUAACAAACUUUGCGAAGGCAGACAUACUUAACUAAUAAGAUCUCGAGUGAAGCAUUUUGAAUGUAUUAAAAUAAGCUGUACUACAAGCUAUAAUAACUGUAAUUUUUAUCGAUAUAAUAGUUUUAUGCUAGAUUUAUGAUUUAAUCUAUCUCGGGAUAACGUAAGAUAGAUAAAAUCAUGAGUCUUACCAUUGGCCAUGCUUUACUAUUUGCCAAAGUGCUCAAGCGGAUGAGUUUAAUUUAUUUUUAAAAAAAUAGUAAAAAAAUAAAAAAAAAAACGUAAAUAGAAAAGUUUAAAUAUUUAAGUGCUAUUUAAAUUGAAAAUUUGCGGUAUGUAAAUCUAUCAUGACUCCAAAUAUAGAUACACUUCUUUAAUGAUUUCACUCCAUAGAAACCGAAAUUAUGUAAAAUACCUACGUCAUUAUUAAAUAAUAUCCUGAUUAUAAUAAUAUAUUACGAUUAUUCAAAUAAUAGUGACAUAAAAAUAUUCGAUUUAUUUUACUUUCCUUGCAAGAAAAGAAAGGCAAAUAAAAUUAAAAAGAAAUAAUCUAAGUCAUUCUAAGUAUUAUUUUCAAUGCUCAACUUUAAAAAUAUUAUUAGAUAUAAAAGUAGGUACUCAAGUAAAAUUAAGACUAAGCCUUCAUGUUAGUAUUUAUUUUUUUCCCUUUUUGUUAAGUUUUAUUUUUUUCUACCAAAAUUUUUUUUC